CCGUGCGCCUCCUCUGGUCCGACGCACGGAAACACACAUCCACUCGGCAUUUAGACACCACCGUCUAGGGGCGGUGCUGCUCAGACCCCGCCCCGCGUGUUUGCGGCGCCAGCUGGCCUGGCGGUCUCCGGCACAGGGACCCGGGGCUUUUCAGCGCAACUCUGCUGAGGUCGCGCUGAGCUGAGAGCGCAGGGCAGCUAGGGCCAGCCGGGACCCGGAGGGGCUAUGCUGGGCAAGGAUUAUAUGCUGGCCAUCAUUCUGGUCAACUGCGACGAUGACUUGUGGGGGGACCAGAAUCUGGAGGGGGAACCAGGCCUGCCCCCAGGCUGGAGGAAGAUCCAUGAUGCUGCAGGUACUUACUAUUGGCAUGUACCAAGCGGUAGCACCCAGUGGCAGCGUCCAACCUGGGAAAUAGGAGAUGCAGAGGAUCCAGGCACGAGGACAGAGAGGAUUUGGGGACUGCGGCCCCCCAAGGGGAGAUCCUUCUCCAGCCUGGAGAACUCACUGGACCGAAGUAACUCUCUGACCUGGUAUGGUGAGGAAUCCUAUAUCCAGAGCCUGGAGCCAGGGGCUAAGUGCUUUGCAGUCCGCUCUCUGGGCUGGGUGGAGGUGCCGGAAGAAGACCUGGCACCAGGAAAGAGUAGUAUUGCAGUCAAUAACUGUAUCCAGCAGCUGGCUCAGACCCGCAACCGUAGCCAGCCCCCAGAUGGUGCCUGGGGUGAGGGCCAGAACAUGCUUAUGAUCCUGAAGAAGGAUGCCAUGAGCCUAGUGAAUCCACUGGACCAUAGUCUGAUCCACUGCCAGCCUCUGGUGCACAUUCGUGUAUGGGGUGUGGGCAGCUCCAAGGGCCGUGACAGCCCUAUCUCUGCUUUUGCCAGGGACUUCGCUUUUGUGGCGGGUGACAAAGACAGCUGUAUGCUCAAGUGCCAUGUGUUUCGCUGUGAUGUCCCUGCCAAAGCUAUUGCAAGUGCCCUACAUGGGCUCUGUGCUCAGAUCUUGUCAGAGCGAGUAGGAGUCAGUGGUGAUUCUGUUUGCUGCUCCCCAGAUCCCAUCUCCCCUGAAGACCUGCCACGGCAAGCGGAACUGCUGGAUGCUGUGAGUCAGGCUGCUCAGAAAUAUGAGGCACUGUACAUGGGGACCCUGCCAGUCACCAAAGCCAUGGGAAUGGAUGUGCUGAACGAGGCCAUUGGUACCCUCACUGCCCGAGGGGACAAGAAUGCCUGGGUUCCUGCUGUGCUCAGUGUAUCUGAUUCUCUCAUGACUGCACAUUCCAUUCAGGCAGAGGCCAGUGCAGAGGAGGAGCCACUGUGGCAGUGCCCUGUGCGCCUUGUGACCUUUAUUGGCGUUGGCCAUGACCCACACACCUUUGGCCUCAUCGCUGACCUUGGCCGUCAGAGCUUCCAGUGUGCCGCCUUCUGGUGCCAGCCUCAUGCUGGGGGACUCUCUGAAGCUGUGCAGGCUGCCUGUAUGGUUCAGUACCAGAAGUGUCUUGUGGCCUCUGCAGCUCGAGGCAAGGCCUGGGGUACCCAGGCCCGUGCCCGCCUGCGGCUCAAGCGGACCAGCUCUAUGGACUCCCCAGGAGGUCCCCUGCCUCUGCCCCUACUCAAAGGAGGGGUUGGGGGUGCAGGGGCAGCCCCUCGAAAGCGGGGUGUCUUCUCUUUUCUUGAUGCUUUCCGUCUGAAACCCUCUCUACUCCAUAUGCCCUAAAUUGAUCUUGGAGGGCUGGGGAAGGAGGCUCUGGAUUCAUGCCCAACUCUGUACCCCUUUAUGUCCCAGGGGCCUGCAACCUCUCACCUUUCCUGCCUGUUCGGGAUCCUUGCUUACCCUCUAUUUAUUGCCCAACUUAUUGUUUAUAUGGAUGACUGAGAGGCCCUGCACUACAACUUAGGCCCCUGGUUCCCCCUUACCUUGGAUCCUUGUGUUCCUUGACCCUGUCCAGCCCUGGGCAGUUGGCUCUACCUCAGCAACACUUUAUAGAAAAAUAAGUGCAAAUAAAAAUCCCUCAGUGACCUCA